GAUUGCUAUUUCUCUCUUCUUUGCUAGGGAAUCAUCCAAGAUGGCAAGAUCAUCUUCAUGCCGAAUGGCUUCAUCACACAGUGUCCCAACCUCAAUCGCACUUGCCCAACAUGCAGUGACUUCCUGAGCCUGGUUCAAGGAAUAAUGGAUUUGCAAGAGCUUUUGGCCAAGAUGACUGCAAAACUGAAUUAUGCAGAGACGAGACUUGGUCAACUGGAAAAUUGCCACUGUGAGAAGACCUGCCAAGUGAGUGGGCUGCUCUACAGGGACCAAGACUCCUGGGUGGAUGGUGACAACUGUAGGAACUGCACGUGCAAAAGUGGUGCCGUGGAGUGCCGCAGGAUGUCCUGUCCCCCGCUCAACUGUUCCCCAGACUCACUUCCCGUGCACAUUUCCGGCCAGUGUUGUAAAGUUUGCAGACCAAAAUGUAUCUAUGGAGGAAAAGUUCUUGCUGAGGGCCAGCGGAUUUUAACCAAGACCUGCCGGGAAUGUCGAGGUGGAGUCUUGGUAAAAAUCACAGAAGCUUGCCCUCCUUUGAACUGCUCGGCAAAGGAUCAUAUUCUUCCAGAGAAUCAGUGCUGCAGGGUCUGCCCAGGUCAUAACUUCUGUGCAGAAGCACCUAAGUGUGGAGAAAACUCGGAAUGCAAAAAUUGGAAUACAAAAGCGACCUGUGAGUGCAAGAAUGGAUACAUCUCUGUCCAGGGCAACUCUGCGUACUGUGAAGGGCAUUCUCUGAGCUUCUGCUACUGAGACCUGCAGAAGAUUCGCCAUCUUAGUUUUCAGAGCUGGAUUACCUACUACCUAGUCCUGACAUCCCUCACCUGAUAUUUGGGGAGGGCGGGGAUGCUGCCAGAUCUGGUUACUCACGUUCCUCCUUUGGAGCUGAAAUCAUAUGUCCUCUUCCCUUUGAUUCCAGUAGAGGCAUGGGAAGAGGAAACAAUGAGGGCAGUUUGGGAGAAGGAAAACCUGUGUCUGUACCACUCUUCUAUUAAUUGUGCACAGUUCUCGGCAUUUUCUGAGUUCUUACCUGGGAAUUUCCAUCCAUUGUCAUCUAGUGGAGAACCUUAGGGGUGGGUACCCCAGGGAUGCAUUGUCUUACCGUAGCUUAGAGAUAACUAGAGAUACAUGAACUGCAAUAAAUGAAUGAUAAUGACCUGUAUUACAAAAUUUACAAUGAGAAAGACUAGCUUGAAGUGAAAACAAAACAACACACA